AUGGACUCCUACACGAUUCAGAUGAGCAGCAAUGGCAGCCUGCCUCCAGUACUGGACGUACCUGUCAACAUCGGGGGGAGAAGCUCAUUGCCAGGAAAAAUGAAAGGCAGGAAGCCCCGGUGGUCUGUGAGGCCCUCUGACAUGGCCAACCAAACUUUCAAUCCCAUUCGGGCCAUCGUGGACAGCAUGAAGGUCAAGCCGAAUCCAAACAAAACCAUGAUUUCUCUGUCCAUCGGAGACCCUACUGUGUUUGGAAAUCUGCCUACAGACGCUGAAGUUACCCAAGCAAUGAAAGAUGCUCUGGACUCGGGGAAAUACAAUGGUUACGCCCCGUCCAUUGGCUACCUGUCCAGCCGGGAGGAGAUUGCUUCCUACUACCACUGCCCCGAGGCACCACUGGAAGCUAAGGAUGUCAUUCUGACAAGUGGCUGUAGUCAGGCUAUUGAACUUUGUCUAGCUGUGUUGGCCAACCCAGGACAAAACAUCCUUGUUCCGAGACCUGGAUUUUCUCUCUACAGGACUUUGGCUGAAUCUAUGGGAAUUGAGGUCAAACUCUACAAUCUAUUGCCUGAGCAGUCUUGGGAAAUUGAUCUGAAACAACUGGAAUCUCUGAUUGAUGAAAAGACAGCUUGCCUCAUUGUCAACAACCCAUCAAACCCCUGUGGGUCGGUGUUCAGGAAGAGUCACCUUCAGAAGAUCCUGGAGGUGGCUGCAAGGCAGUGCGUUCCCAUUUUGGCCGAUGAGAUCUAUGGAGACAUGGUGUUUUCGGAUUGCAAAUAUGAACCCUUGGCCACUCUCAGCACCCAUGUCCCCAUUCUGUCCUGUGGUGGGCUGGCCAAGCGCUGGCUGGUUCCUGGCUGGAGGAUGGGCUGGAUCCUCAUCCAUGACCGAAGAGAUAUUCUUGGCAAUGAGAUCCGAGAUGGGCUGGUGAAGCUGAGUCAGCGAAUCUUGGGUCCCUGUACCAUCGUCCAGGGAGCUCUGAAAAGCAUCCUCCGUCGUACCCCUCAAGAGUUCUACCACAACACCCUAAGUUUCCUCAAGUCCAAUGCUGAUCUGUGCUAUGCAGCAUUGGCGGCCAUUCCUGGACUCCAGCCAGUCCGCCCCUCUGGGGCCAUGUACCUCAUGGUUGGCAUUGAGAUGCACCAUUUCCCAGAAUUUGAGAACGACGUGGAGUUCACAGAGCAGUUGGUGGCUGAGCAAUCUGUCCACUGCCUCCCAGCAACGUGCUUCGAGUAUCCGAAUUUCUUCCGAGUGGUGAUCACCGUCCCAGAGGUGAUGAUGCUGGAGGCCUGCAGCCGGAUCCAGGAGUUCUGCGAGCAGCAUUAUCACUGUACUGACGGGAACCAGGAGGAGUGUGACAAGUAAGUUCUCGUCUAUUCUGAACACCUGUCACAUCCAAGGAGGACCGGACUGAACUCUGCUGCUCCCCAGGAAGUCUGAAGCCUUUACUGGAAGAAGGUUUCGACAUGUACCACAUGGAAGUUUCCAGAUUGUUCUUGCUUUUCCCAGUCACAUUCGCAUUCAUACUCUGAACUUCCAAUUCUCUCCCUUACUGCAUUCCACUGGAGUGACUCACUAAUUCAUUCAGGUGUCUCUUCCCUGUGACUUCCUCCCUUUUUUUCUUUU